UACUGCGCCAUCGCAGAGACAGUGCAGUGUGCAUGGCGCAUGGCGCACGGCGCACCCCAGAGCAGAGCACGUACAGGCUGAUGAUGAUCUCGUGAAACUCUCCUCGAGCUCAAUGACGGCAAUCGCCAUGGCCGAGCUUCCACUUCACUACAGCUACUACCUCCUCGUCACCAUCUUGAUCCCUCUGCUAGCCGCCAUCCCACUCCUCCGCCUCCACAGUUCGGCGGCCCGGCGCCGGCGCAGCGGCGCGGCGCCGCUCCCUCCUCCGUCGCCGUGGGCGCUCCCGGUGGUCGGCCACCUCCACCACCUGGCGUUCGCGGGCGCGCUCCCGCACCGCGCCAUGCGCGACCUCGCGCGGCGCCUCGGCCCGCUCAUGCUGCUCCGCCUCGGCGAGCUCCGCGUCGUGGUGGCCUCCUCCGCCGACGCCGCGCGCGAGGUGAUGCGGACCCACGACCUCGCCUUCGCGACGCGGCCGCUCAGCCCCACCGCCAUGGCGCUGCUCGGCGACGGCAGCCUCGGCCUCGUGUUCGCGCCCUACGGAGACGGGUGGAGGCAGCUGCGCAGGCUCUGCACCGCCGAGCUGCUCAGCGCGCGCCGCGUCCGCUCGUUCAGGGUCGUGCGCGAGGACGAGGUCCGUCGGCUUCUCCGCUCCGUGGCGGCAAAGGCCUCGCCGGUGCGGCAGCAGAAGCAGCAGGCGCUGGUCGACCUGACCGAGAUGGUGUCGGCGUACGUGGCCGACGCGUCCGUGCGCGCCAUCAUCGGCAGCAAGUUCAGGGACAGGGACACGUUCCUUCGCCUGCUGGAGCGCCGCCUCCGGAACGUGCCCGCGCAGAGCCUGCCGGACCUCUUCCCGUCCUGGCGCUUGGCGACGCUCGUCAGCCCGACGCUGCGGCUCCUGAAGCGCGAGCGCCGGGACAUGAUGGCGUUCAUCGACACCAUCAUCCAGGAGCACCAAGACAGCAGAGGCGCCGCCGACGACGACGACGAGGAAGAGGACUUGCUCGACGUGCUGCUGAGGAUCCAGAGGGAGGACGAGCUGGAUCCACCCCUCACCACCGAGAACAUCAAGGCUGUCAUCAUCGAUAUAUUCGGAGGAAGCAGCGAGACAUCGGCGACCACGUUGCAGUGGACCAUGGCGGAGCUCAUGAGGAACCCAAGAGUAAUGCGUAAGGCGCAGGACGAGGUCCGGCGAGGGAUCGCCGGGCAGGAGACAGUCACGGAGGACAGCCUUAGCGGCCUGCGCUACCUGCCACUCGUGAUCAAGGAGGCGCUCCGGCUGCACCCUCCGGCGCCGCUGCUGAUCCCACGGGAGUGCCGGGCGGCGUGCCGGGUCCUGGGGUUCGACGUGCCGGCGGGCGCGAUGGUCCUGGUCAACGCGUGGGCCAUCGGCAGGGACCCCAGUGCCUGGGACGCGCCGGAGCAGUUCUCGCCGGAGCGGUUCGAGGGCGUAGGCGCCGCCGACUUCAGAGGGACGGACUUCGAGUUCAUCCCGUUCGGGGCCGGGCGGCGGAUGUGCCCCGGUAUAGCGUUCGGGCUGGCCAACAUGGACCUCGCGCUCGCCUCCCUUCUCUACCACUUCGACUGGGCGCUGCCCGACGGUGUGGAGCCCGGCCAGCUGGACAUGACGGAGGCGCCGGGGAUCACGGCUCGCCGCCUCUCCCACCUCCUGCUCGCUCCUACCGUCCGCGUGCCGCUGCAAGGGGAGUGAGUAGACUGGAGUCUCGCUCGCAUGAGCUUUUUGAUGCUCCCUUGUGAAGUUGUGAUGAUCGUGAUCCUCAUCCCCCUGCAGAGCAAACAAAAAUCGUUUUUUACUGUACAAACCCGCCUGACAUGUCUGGAAAUCACCCCAUUACAUCAUUCCGACGAAGAAAGGGGAAAGAAUCAAUUUAUGAACAGCUCUACUUACAAACAAAAUUAGCCUGGCUCUGCAUCCUAGUUCUCACCGGCGCCAACCUUAACGGUGG